CCCACGUUCUGAAGUUACGUUCAUGGUCACAAAUCCUCAAGACUUAUGCGACUCGAGACAAACACCUGAGGCAAACGUCCGUCGUUCCUACGGCGUGUUUAUAACUGGUUAUUACAAAGACAAUUCACGAGUUUGGAAACAGGAUUUUAACAUAAUGGCAUCACGGGGCAAGUCCGAAACCAGCAAACUGAAGCAGAACAUGGAGGAACAGCUUGACAGACUGAUGCAGCAGCUUCAGGACCUGGAGGAAUGCAGAGAGGACUUGGACGAGGAGGAAUAUGAGGAGACAAAGAAAGAGACACUGGAACAGCUGGAGGAAUUCAAUGAGUCCCUGAAGAAGAUAAUGACAGGAGACAUGACACUGGUGGAUGAACUUGGUGGGAUGCAGCUGGCAAUCCAAGCUGCCAUCAGCCAAGCAUUCAAAACCCCCGAGGUGAUCAGACUUUUCGCAAAGAAGCAGCCAGGACAGCUGAGGACCCGACUCGCCGAGAUGGACCGAGACGUGAUGGUGGGGAAAAUGUCUCGGGACGUGCACACGCAGCAGAAAAUGGAAAUCCUCACAGCCCUGAGGAAGCUGGGAGAGAAGCUCACUCCAGAGGAUGACACAUUCCUGGCUGAAAACGCGACGGCGACUCUGAGUCAGUUUGAAAAAGUCACUGCAAACCUGGGGUCGGAAGACAAAAUUAUGGCCUUAGCCAGUUCUGGGGUGAAAACCCAAGCAUAGACAGUUUACAAAAUUAUAGUUAAAAGUCAUUGUUGCUCUUAUUAUUAAAAAAAGAAAGGAAAAAAAAAAGAAGUGUGCCAAUUAAUCAAGUUUUGCAUAAAAAUCUGUGCAGUUUUUAGUGUUUCUAGAGAUGCAAACAUUUUUAAUAGUAUUGUUUUAUACUUCUUAACUUUUGUAAAUUUCAGUUAUUUGUCCAAGUCUGUAAAAUUGUAAUAUAGUCGGUACGAGUACAUGCAGAUGAAUGUAGAGGUGCUGUGAUUUGUAGUGUUGGUUUUACUGUGUGCUGUUUUACAACCUGAGAGUUCUUAGACUCUUAAGGUUUUAAUUAAACUGAAGUUGUUUGGAUAAAGCAGAGACACUAGAUGAUCCUGAGCCUUUGUGAAGCCGCCUCAAGACUUGAACAUCAUCAUUCAAGCUAGAAUGAAAAUCAUUACUUGUGGUCUUUUAAUGAUUAUUUUAUUAUUUAUUAUUAUUAUUAUUAUUAUUAUUAUUUUUAACCGUGGUUAAGCACAAGAAUUGAGAUCACCAGUUUGACUUUGUUGUGACAAGAAGAACAUUUAGAGGAAUCAAGGUGAGGCAAGUGCUGAGCACGGUGUUGGUAGUAUCAUGCUGGGGUCUAGAUAUUUGCCCAAAGUGGAUGGAACAGUGAAUAAGGAGGAUGACUACUAUUAAAUUUACUUGAAAUCAGCAGGGGGGUGGUUGAAACUCGGAAACAGCUUGUUCAAACAACAGAAUGUUCCUAAAAACAAAUCCAAACUGGAUGUGUUUGGAUCGCUUUUCAAAGCUUUUUGAAAUGUGACGCCAAGAAACCAGGCAAGUUAAACAAACGACCAAUUCUACCAAGAAGAUGAAUGAAAUAUAGAGUUUCGCCAAAAGUCUUUAACAGAUGGAAAAAGCACGGGGAUGAGAUAUUAGUUGCUAAUGAGCAUUUAUCUAAAAACACUUGGGGUUGUAUACAUAUAUUUCAGCCAUUACUGGUAUGCACAGGUUUGACUUUGUAUUACUGAAAAGCAACAAUAACAAACUUACACAUCUAAUUCUUGUUUAAAAAAUAAAAAAAUCACAGAGCUUGUAUUGUACAAUCGUCCCACGCUGGACAGAUUGGCAUAAAUUAAUCUCCAAAAGGCCCAAGCUAAAAGAUUGGUAUGUAAACUUCUGACCUGGACUGUUGUUUGCUGUAAGAAGCAUAAAGUGACUUCUCACUGUGCAGAGCCGCUCCUCUACAGAACCAGUAAAAAUGCUCUUUAUAUCAAUCGUGUGUGAAUUAUUGCGCAUUUCAGAUAUUUUAGUGACUAAACUGAGCAAAAGUCACAUUUCAGUGCUGGUAGAACAGAAUCAGUAAGUUACAGCAGGACAAAAAAAAAAGUUUGUUGAAAAGAUGUUUGAAAAGUAGUUUCACACACAAGCAUUAUGAUGGAAUCAAUACAUUAAACAUCGGUUUUUAAAUGUUAGCUGUAGUUACUUCUUGUAUCCAGCGGCUGUGGGAAGAUACGCAUCAUGCGGUAAAACAGGUUCAAUGGGUUUAUUUUAGUCCUCCUCCUACUGUCUAUAACUAUGACUGUUAGGUUAAUUAUCUCUAAAUUGACCUUAUUUAUUAGAGUGUGUGUGUGGAUGUAUGCCCUGUGAUGGUUUGGCUUCCUGGAUUUUAGGCAUGCUCCAUAAAUCUUCAGUAAUGUUCAUGUUGGCAGUGUUUAAAUUUUAUUAACCUGUGAUCUUAAAAAAAAAAAAAAAAAAAAAAGUUGCACAAUUUUUACUCAACACCAGGGGGCACUAUUGCUCCAGACGUUCUGCAUGCAGGGUGUGUUAUUCCACCCCAGAAAUGCAUGUUAAACAGCGGCACAGUUACUGUAAAAAAAGAACAAAAAACAAAACAAGAACAGGAAGUGUUUACAUCCCAUCAGUUCAUCCUUUAUUUUGUGUAAGAGCGAGCGUCGACUUGGCUACAACCCGCCUCCAACAAGCAACAAAGGAAGCAUCCAACAUUUUUAUGCAGACAUCACAACCGUUUGUCCAUUUGAGCAAGAUUUGAAAGGAAACGGCAAAUAAAAUCAAAUAAAAUAAAAAUAAACAAUCUGGUCUGGAGGGUGACGGAUGUGUGAAACAAGACAAUCUCGAGAAUCAGUAGUGCGUCACAGACUCCUUUCUCCGUCUCAACCCCACACGGGACAUUCACAAACGUGUGGCUCAUGCAAAGUGAAUUCCUAGUAGCGGCGCUACGGCCUGGCUGCCGUUUUAUGGCGAGAGGUGACUCAGGUUAAGGGGGUUGGAGUCAUGGCGGAGGCUUGUGAGAGAAGCAUUACUGACUUUUUGAACUGGACUUUGAACUGUCUGACAACGAUGAAGAUGCGAGUUUUGGAGAUGGCAGGCCUUACUGCGACUGCGUAAAAUUCAUACUGCCCUCAGAAUCACUCCUCAACAACUCUGGCGAUGGGACACGGUUCAAAAAAAAAAGAAAAGAAAAAUAAACUCACCUUCCACUGUACACAGACAGCAAAAUUUAUUAGUACGCCCACAUUAUGCUGCCAAAGCGAUUUCUUCAUGUACUGUACAUCAUUUAAAGGUGGAUUCAGUACAAUAUCUAUAGAAGAUACAAUAUGGAUCUACUUUCUCUACACAUCAACAAGGACACAUGACAUCUAAUGUACAAUGUUUGUAGUUUCAAUAAAACUAGCGGUGGACUACAGUCACUACAAGCUGGAAA